GCAUCUAUGCAGAGACCAGUCCUUCCCUUGUGCGGAGGCUCCAGGCUGGACUGGGAGUGCGAGGAGGCAUGAAGGGGUCUCAAAGCCCCACUCCCAUCUUUGUGCAGCUGUUUCUUCCACUACUGUUGCUGCUGCUGCUGGGCCCAGCCUGGCAUACAACUGCCCGGCGAUGCCCAAAGGUCUGCAUCUGCGACAGCUCCCAGCAGCACGCUGCCUGCCGGCACCAGAACCUCACGGAGGUGCCAAAUGCCGUUCCUGAGCUAACCCAGCGGCUGGACCUCCAGGGCAACGCGCUGAAGGUGAUCCCUCGAGCAGCCUUCCAGGACCUGCCCUACCUGACGCACCUGGACCUGCGCCACUGCCAGGUGGAGCUGGUGGCCGAGGGCGCCUUCCGCGGCCUGGGCCGCCUGCUCCUUCUCAACCUGGCCAACAACCGCCUGCGUGUGCUGCCACAGGAGGCCCUGGACGGGCUGGGCUCGCUGCAGCGGCUGGAGCUGGAGGGCAACCAGCUGGAGGAGCUGCGGCCCGGCGCGUUCGCGGCGCUGGGGGCACUGGCCACGCUGAACCUGGCGCACAACGCCCUGGUCUACCUGCCCGCCAUGGCCUUCCAGGGGCUGCUGCGUGCGCACUGGCUGCGGCUGUCCCACAACGCGCUCAGCGUGCUGGCGCCCGAGGCCCUGGCCGGCCUGCCCGCCCUGCGCCGCCUCAGCCUCCAGCACAACGAGCUGCAGGCCCUGCCCGGCCUGGCCCUGUCCCAGGCGCGGGGCCUGAGCCUCCUGGAGCUGGGCUACAACCCCUUCACCUCCGCGGGCGAGGAGGAUGGGCUGGCGCUGCCCAGCCUGCGGGAGCUGCGGCUGGAGCGUGGCGCCCUACAGGCCCUGGGCGCCCGCGCCUUCGCCGGCUGCCCGCGCCUGCACACGCUGGACCUGCGCGGGAACCAACUGCGCGGCCCGCCGCCCCUGCACGGCCUGAGCCGCCUGCGGCGCCUGAGCCUGCGCGGGAACCCGCUGUGGUGCGGCUGCGGGGCCCGGCCUCUGCUGCAGUGGUUGGCGCGGGCGCGCGUGCGUUCCGACGGCGCGUGCUGGGGGCCCCGGCGCCUGCGGGGCGAGGCCCUGGACGCCCUGCGGCCGGCAGACCUGCGCUGCCCGGAGGCCGAAGAGGAGCAGGAGGAAGUCGCUGCGGCGCGGCCCCGCGCCCCGGCCAUCCCCAGAGCCCCAGACGGGGCGAACCGGCCCUGCCCGCGCGCCUGCCUGUGCGUCUCCGAGUCCCAGCACAGCAGCUGUGAGAACCGCAGCCUGCAGGCCGUGCCCCGCGGCUUCCCCAAUGGCACCCAGCUCCUGGAUCUGCGCAGGAACCACUUCCCCUCCGUGUCCCGGGAGGCCUUCCCAGGCCUGAGUGGCCUGGUGUCGCUGCACCUGCAGCACUGCGCCAUCGGCGAGCUGGAGGCUGGGGCGCUGGCCGGGUUGGGCAGCUUGCUCUAUCUCUACCUCUCUGACAAUCAGCUCUCGGGCCUCAGUGCUGCUGCCCUGGAAGGAGCUCCCCGUCUGGCCUACCUGUACCUGGAGCGCAACCGUUUCAUGCAGGUGCCAGGGGCAGCGCUGUGCGCCCUGCCGGGCCUCUUUUCCCUGCACCUGCAGGACAAUGCAGUGGAGCGCCUGGCCCCUGGCGAUCUAGUGGGGGUGAAGGCGUUGCGCUGGCUCUACCUGAGCGGGAAUCGCAUCACUCAUGUGUCCCCCCGGGCAUGGGGCCCAGCUUGGGAGCUGGAGAAGCUGCACCUUGACAGGAACCAGCUCCGAGAGGUGCCCACACGGGCCCUGGAGGGGCUGUCUGUCCUCCUGGAACUGCAACUCUCAGGAAACCCGCUGGGGGCCCUGCAAGCUGGGGCCUUCCGACCCGUGAGCAACUCGCUGCAGCACCUCUUCCUCAACAGCAGUGAGCUGAAGCAGAUCUCUCCUGAGGCCUUCUCAGGCCUAGGGUCCAGGCUCCAGAGUCUACACCUGCAGAAGAAUCAGCUUCAGACUCUGCCCGCCCCACAUGGCCUCAGUCAACUGGAACUCAUCGACCUCAGUGGCAAUCCCUUCCACUGUGACUGCCAGCUGCUCCCGCUGCACAGGUGGCUAACUGGGCUCAAUCUGCAUGUGGGGGCCACCUGUGCUGCCCCUCCCAGUACCCAUGGCCAGAAGGUGAAGGCUGCAAAUGCUGUUUUCAAAGCCUGCUCAGGUUGGGCUGCCAGGAAGGUCAAGCGGACAUCUGCUCACAAGCCUGGUUCCAAAACCUUCAUGGAAGGAAGGCAAAGAACAGUCAAGGUUGGCAGGCCCAGUGUGUCCAGUCAGCUCACUCCUAAUUUGCUGAAUCACUGUUGACCGCUUCCCACCUGACCUCAAGGACCUUGCUCAUCCUAGCUCUGGAACAGCAGAAGUGAGGUAUGUUCUUGACACUCCACUCUGGCCUUUCCAUAACCCCCGAUAUCAUGUUCAAGCAUAGCCAUUCACACCCAAAGGCUCAGUGGGGUUGAGAAAUCUUGGCAGCACAUCAGGCAAGCAUGAGCAGGACUUGACCAGCCUUCCCUGUGGCCCCCCAUGUAUAGUAAAGGCCUGGGCUGAGUCGGAGGGGGGGGGGGACAGGACGGGAUGGGACAGGACACACACAUGAAGAGAGAGGUCAGUCCCUAAAAGGGAAAAUGAGUGCAAGACAAAUGUGAAGGUGGGGUGAGGGCUCUUCCUGCUUCUGGACCCAUGUCCUGCAGAUUUGGGGUUCCACUAGGACCACUAUAUAACAUGUCACUUCCUUAGAGCUUCUCUGUGGCAUGAAUAGUAGAAAUCCAUGUCUCAGUCGAGGGGUGAAAAGCCUAGAAUCAGUGCCUGUUGGGGAAGGCGUUCACAAGGAAGGGCCAG